AGAAGAGCAGAGGUGUCAAGCAGUAGGUGAGAGACAGGGACAAUCUCACGACCGGAUGACUGUUAAGUCAGAACUCUGAAGGUGUUUCCACAGGUUACACUGACAGUUACUGGCUGUAUUUUUCUGUUUUCACUCUUUAUGGAUUUUAAUUGAGUUAGUUUGAUUUUCUUCAUUUUUGUUGUUGAUAAAUUAGCAUUUUAUUCACAUAUCCUUCGUUAAAUCAGCUUGUCUGUACAGUUGAAGAGGAGCACAUAGGGAUAAGGCUGGCUGCGUUUUUCAAAAAAGUUGUCCCGUCUGUCACUCGGACGUUGGUCAUCAACCUUUCUGUGACCCUUUUUCUGUCUCGAUUGGGUGUCCUAACGUGAUUCGGUCAUGAGUUCAAAGAUAGUGAACUCUAACUCAACCCCUGGAAAGCCAAGCACGAUGGAUAACCUAACUGACUGCACUGGUGCCGGCUUGGACCUCAUUCAGAAUCGCAUUGAGUCUCUGAGCAGUAAGAUGGACAGGCUCAUCAACAUCCAGGAGAAGGUCCUCAAUCGGCUGGACGGAAUAACCCAGGACAUCGAUGGUAUCGAAAGGGACGUGGAAACUCUGAAGGUGGACAACGAGGAGAUCCAUAUACCUGCAAGAGCCCUAACUCUUCCCCUGGCUCAAACCCAGGGUACAGGUGUGGUGGGCGAGGUGAGAGAGAUGUGUCAUGAGAUGAGCUCCAUCAUGAUGGCGUUGGACCAGCGCUCGGAGAAGCAGGCUGAGAAGCUGGACGGGAUGGAGAAUCUGGUCCUCAGCAUCCAGCAGGUCAUCAGAUUCAUCGGGGAGACGGUGAAGAGCUCCCGGGUUAUGGAGAUGAUGUUUAUGCGUCCUGCAGCACACAAGGCCCCCAAGUCCAAAGACAGUAAGGGCAAGGUGGACGUUAAGAGGCAAUCGUCUGCAGAAAAGAGCGAGAGCUCAGUUACUAAGAAGACUGACAAGAAAACUACCUCUACUAAAGCCACUAAAGGGACUCAAGGGAUGAUAACCACUAAAUGUGAACCCAAACCUAGUAGACCGGAGACCACUCACAGUCACAAGACAACUAAGCUCCACGGACCAAAGCAUUUUCUCACAAUCCGCAAACUCUGCGGAAACUUUUCAAAAGAUCACAAGGGGAAGGAUGGGAAGGAGAAGUCCAGUCUGAGCACAAAAGGUCUGAAAACACAGAAGAAGAAACCCCCAGAUACAGCAGACACCAUCUCCCUGAGGAAGCAGGCGUUGCUGCUAAAGGAGGUUCAGAAGCUCAACAGGGAGAAUGCAGAGAGAUCAUCAUCAGGUCACCAGCAGCAGCCUACCCCUGAUGGCGUCUUGGACCUGGAGGCUGGAUCUGGAAUGGCCUCAGAGGGGUUGGGGUCAUCACAGACUGGGUCCCUCAGCCCGAACCUGCUGGACUUGAUCCUCGAGGGCCCCAAGGCCCCUGUGACCGAAGAGGAGUCAUUGUCUGAGGAGGAGAGGGAGGCAGCAGGAGAUGGACUAAAAGUGGAGGAGAGGAAGGAGGAAGAGGAGGUCAUAAAGAAGCAAGAGAAGGAAGACCACCUCAGUGAAUCGAAGUUCAAGGAAGAGGAGCGAGAGGAAGAGCUGUUGAAAAUCACUGAGCAGCCUGAGGAGGUUAGAGGAGCAGAGGAGAGAGAGGGGAACAAAAAGGAGGAGGACAGUGCAGGCCCAUCAGAAGCUGCUGAUAUGUCAGUUAAGGAUCUCCCUCCUCUCCCACCCUCCCCUGAAGCUCCAGGAGAGACUGGCUCUAUUCCAGAGAGUUGUGAAGUCCACAACCGAAGUGCCUCCUCUCAGUCUCUGGAAGCUGCAGAACAGGACCAGAUUGAAGAGUGCAGCACCAGCAGUAAGCGUCGCGUGGCGGAGGAAGACCUGGGAGUGGAGGACCACAAGAAGAGUCGGGUGGAGGGAGGAGCAGGAGAGGAAUAUUUGAGGCAGGGGGAGAAGGAGCAGGGGGAGAGGCAGGAGGAAGAGGAAGGAGAAAGACCAGAGGAUGAGGAUGAGGGAUGGGGCAUCUUCAAGGCAGACGGGGUGGAUAUCCGUGUGGAACUGAAGGAGAGGAUGGGAAAAGAGAAGAAGCCGGAUCAGUCUACAGAAGUCAGGCAGUCUACUGGGGAACAGUUCUUCAUUGAUAAAAGCUCUCCUCCUCCGGCUCCAUUCAACCAUCGGAUGGUGUCAGCCAAACCGAACCAGAUCAGCAACUUCUACACCAUCAACAGAGCAGAGGUUCUCGGAGGAGGUCGUUUUGGCCAGGUGCACAAAUGCAUGGAAAACUCCUCGGGUCUCACCCUGGCUGCCAAGAUCAUCAAAGCCCGGAGUCAGAAAGAGAAGGAGGUGGUGAAGAAUGAGAUCACGGUCAUGAACCAGCUGGACCACGCCAACCUGAUCCAGCUCUACGCCGCCUACGAGUCCAGGAACGACAUCAUCCUGGUGCUGGAAUAUGUGGAUGGAGGGGAGCUCUUUGACAGGAUCAUCGAUGAGAACUACACUCUGAUGGAGCUGGACACGGUGCUGUUCAUCAGGCAGAUCUGUGAGGGCCUGCAGCACAUGCACAAGAUGUACAUCCUCCACCUGGACCUCAAGCCAGAGAAUAUUCUAUGUGUGAGCAGAGUCACGAAUAAAAUUAAGAUCAUCGACUUUGGACUUGCCAGAAAAUACAAGCCCAGAGAGAAGUUACGAAUAAAUUUCGGCACCCCAGAGUUCCUGGCCCCAGAAGUUGUCAACUACGAAUUUGUGUCAUUCAACACCGACAUGUGGAGCCUGGGAGUGAUUACAUAUAUGCUGCUAAGCGGUUUGUGUCCCUUCCUAGGUGACGACGACAAUGAGACUUUGAAUAACAUUCUGGCCUGCCAGUGGAAUUUUGAAGAGGCAGAAUUUACAGACAUCUCAGAGGAGGCCAAAGACUUCAUCUCCAAACUCCUCAUCAUCAAUAAAAGUUGGAGGAUAGGUGCCUCUGAAGCGUUGAGACAUCCUUGGCUCUCUGACACAGUCCUCCAUCACCGUCUUCAUGAAAAGAAGAACAUGUGUAACCGCUCACGCAGAUCUUCAUGCGUACCCACCACAGAUAGUUGAGCAUGAUGACUUGACGGAGCCAGCGGUGGCCACUUGGACCAAGCCUGCUGUACACCUGUAGAACUACCAGAGCUUACCUGUAUGAACACAUUUAAACUGUUAAAACUCUGUAGGUGGAGGAGUGUGUCAUGUGUGGUAGUGCAAAACCAAGAGACAGACAAGGCAAUUCAGCACUCAAAGAGGAUUUAUUAACUGGUAAAAAAAAAACAAGGCCAAUAAUCAAAAUCAACAGCUGGCCCUUUAUGGCAAUAACUGAAUGUAAUUGUAUUCUUCCCCCGUGAUUUAUUUUCUCCCAGGGCAGAGAGAGCUUCAAACCGUCGUCACUGACUGGUCCAAUGGUUAGGCGUGUCCUCCUCACUGCUUUCUCUCUCCCUCUCUGAAUGCCACUGCCUCCCCAUGUUCUGCCACCCUAAUUGCAGCCAGCUGUUCAAGAUGUGCAGCUGCAGUCAAUUAAGUCUCUGUGGAGAGAUGCCACACCUUGUAAUGAGUUGUUUAUCCACCAAGUGGGGCCAAAAGCCGGCCUUUCCCACCCUUACACCCCUCGGAUGCUCACACACCGCCCAUCCCUGCUUCAACUUGUGGUUUGUACAGGCCAAUGCCCCGAUAGAGUCAACUCUUGACCAGGCAUCUAAUCCAAGGCCAUGGAGGUACACCCCAGGACCUCUAGGGGUCAUACAACAAAGGUUGAUGUUCGUCAUCUCCAUGGUUCACCCUCUUCAUGGUUAUUGAGAGGGGGAAGGCUCUCACCUCCAUGCGUCUGUGCCUCCUCACCAGCUUUCCCGUUCUCCUUUGAAUGACAGCGGCUCGCCUUUUUCCACUUGGGCCUCAGGGUUUCUGCAAAGUCUUGGGUUAUUAUCACAGAAAUGUUCAAAAAUGUUUGUUUUACCUCAGUUUUACCUCAAGCCCCUUUUCUUUCACAGGGCAUUUCUUUUGGUCACCUCCAGCCCUUCUUGGAAAACCAUGCUUCUUCAACAUUUUCAAAAUAGAGCACCCCGACAGCAUGCCACCUGCCUCAGCUCUGGUCAAAGGACAUUUGAAGGUCCAUGCCAGGAGUUUGAGGUUUCUCCAUUUCUGAACAUCCCUUUUCAUUGGUCAUACUCACCACCACAGUGCCGUCUUGGACCUUUACCUCAUGGUAAAGGUGGGGCUCGCUGUCCCCUGGUGGUGUACCUGAUGGUAGUUGACCAGUUUCUGUGGAGUUGGAAGACUCUCCCUGAGGCCCCCUGGUAACCAAGAGCUUGGCAAAGUCUUGGGUUACCAUAUAACCAUCAUCCAUCUUAAUGAACUUGCCCUCUGACUCCCAGGCCCACUCUCCAACACUCCACCACUCCUGGAGAGGCUCAGUAACAUAGUUGGUUUGUCAGGCUUACCCAUGUCUUGUAGCUCUUCCAUUCACGUUUGACUGGGUGGAUGACUGGCAGAGUUCCACUGCCUCCUUGGCCUCUUCCUGUCUUUAAAGGGGAUUCUUCUUCUCUGGCUGUGACUUUUUCCUCUGCGUCGUGUCAGAGGUUUGACCUGAGGGUGAGCUAGUUGCCUCAACCGCCCUGUUGAGUUCUUUGUCUCACUGCCUUCUGUGCAAGUGAUACACCUGCUGGCAGUUCUGUCUUCUGGGUUUUGGAAAGAAGACUCACGUCAACCAUGGUUAGACACUUCAGACUUUAAACCUCUUCACUUCUGAAUCACAAUUCAACCUUCCUUCAGACCUCUUAACUCAUGACGAAACUUCACUCACCAAAGUAUUGGGCUGCUUCCCUUUUGGCUGGUAGUGCCCUUCUACGGGCUCACCCCAGUCUCCCCACCAGUUUUUGAUUUUGGAGCACUGGAACUUCCCUGGUCUCUGCUGAAUCCUUUGGACCGCCAUCUCCCUGUCACCACUUCACCAUCAGGGGACCUUGAAACCUCUUCUGGGGAAAACAAAGUGGGAGAGUCAUCAGUGGAAUGUAUUUGGACUGACAUUCUUGUUGGUGUGGUUGUCCUGGGAACCCUCUGUGUAACCAUGCUCUGGUCCAGGUUUUCUUUUUCGGGGUUCCUUUAAUCUUCUCUGGCCAUGGGUUCUGGACAUACAGGCUGUUUUCUCUUCGGUCAAGGGGCUGUUCAGAGGUGUGGGUAAACAACUCACACGAAGGAGCAAACAUGUCCCCUGAAAUGGAGAGUGGGAUUUGAUCCCACCAGAGCUCCGUCUCCCCCCUAGUCCAGGACUUGCCUCAGCAGAUGGCUGUGUUGAUGCUUUUCACGCAGUUGCACCUCAAGGCUACUUAGCCUCUCCUGCUCCUUUUUGAGCAACAAGAAGAUCUGCUCCCACUUGGCCCUCGAGGCCAUAUUAGAUGUCUCCAGCCUUUGAACAACAUCCUGCAUUUACUGAGCCUCAUUGCGUUUUCCACUUAUGAUUGCAAUUCAGAGGCUUCACCUGCCAGGGACAUCUUCUCCUCCAUCAAUUCCACCACUCUCUGCUUGGCUUCCAUCGCUGACUUCUUUGCCAUCUCUUCAUUCCUUUUCAAUUCACUUAUGAGGCUCUUCACUGCCUCCUGCUCAAGCCUUCUUGCUGCCUGCUCCUCUUCCAGACAGGCCUGCACAUUGUUCCUCUUCAUUGCUUCUCAAUUACCUGGGCAGUUCCUGCUCUUACUGCUUAUCCAGCACCUUUGUGGAAACCCCUGUUCGUUUUGAACUGGGGUGCAGCUUUUCUUCCAACAGGGCCAACAUCCCAGCCUGGGCUUCCCCUUGUAGCUCUGCCCUCUGCCGGCAGAUCUCUAAAUUCUGGGUGCUGGCUACCUGCUCCCUAUGCUCAUUUUCUGCACACUCGUGAGCUACCUCAGAGACCUCCAGGACCCUCUUCAGCUGCAGCUUUCCUGCCUCUAAUUCUUCUCACCUGAGCUUUUCCUCUGAGCCGAGCAUUACUUUUCAUAAGCUUUUCAGAUUCCUCAUUUGGCAGCGUGAACUACCUCUUUAAGACAAAUGUUCUCGAUUCAGAACAGUGACCUCUUCUUCCAAAGUCACUACAACAUCCUGGCACUUAGUCUUUACCUUCUCACCUCUUCCCCUUGGUCCCUGCACUUCUCCUGCAGGCUGAGGACCAUACUUGAUUCUCUUUCAGUUGACUUUUCAGCCAGGUUACCCUCUUCCUGUUGCUGAAAGUCUCCUCUUGCAAGGUGGCCAGCUGCCUUGACUUCUCAUGGAGCCGUUUGAGGCCAUGACGCAGACAAUGCUGGGCCAAUUGUGUACCGCCCUUUGGGACUCACAAUCACGGGCGGAUGUGAUACAGCUUGGAAUCAAACCAGGGACUGUAGUGAUGCCUCUUGCAUUGAGAUGCAGUGCCUUAGAACGCUGCGCCACCCGGGAGCCGAGAGUUAUUUAUGGCCUGUGAGAAACUCAAGACUACCUUCAGAGCUCUUCAGUGCUCCCUUAUGUGUGGUGCUUAGUCCCCUCCGUCGCCAACCACCUCAAGUUUGAGGGACUUGACAUCCAUUCUUCUGCCAGCAGCAUUUUCUCUUGUAAAAACCGACUUAAAAAACCCUGUCCUCACAGCCUACAGGGCACCAUAACUUGUCUAAAUGGUUGUCUCAGGUUUCAUUACCACACGGGGACACUCACAUUCUCCACCAGUGUAACAACUCCGUAGAUGGAGGAGUGUGUCACGUGUGGUAAUGCAAAACCAAGAGACAGACAAGGCAAUUCAGCCCUCAAAGAGGAUUUAUUAAAUAAAUAAAGGGUUCACAGGUAGCUUGGGGAAUCUUCAUGUCCCAAAAUAAUGUUCUCACAAAGAAAUGAGGCCAAUAAACAAAAUCAACAACUGGCCCUUAUGUCAGCAACUGAACAUAAACAUAAGUCACUGGGGAAGAUAAUCUUUUACCCCAGGGCAGAGAGAACUUCAAACCUUUGGCAUUGGGUGCAAACUGGUCCAAUAUUUGCGAUAAAACUUUGGUGUGUCCUCCUCACGGCUUUCUCUCUCCCUCUCUGAAUGCCACUGCCUCCCCAUGUUCUGCCGCCCUAAUUGCAGCCAGCUGUACAAGAUGUGCAGCUGAAGUCAAUUAAGUCUCUGUGGAGAGAUGCCACACCUUGUACUGGGUUGUUUAGCCACCAGGUGGGGCCAAAAGCCAGCUUUUCCCACCCCUACACCCCUCGGAUGCUCACAAAACCUACACCUAUUGAACUACACCUGUAGAACUACCAGAGCUGUGUGAUGAAUGGACAAUACAUGUUAUCUUACUUUUACAAAGUAAAAGUACUAUUCCCACAGUUUAGUGUGAAAGUGUAGAGCCCUUGAAGACUGGAGGGUGUAGUGAAAGAUAUUUUGCUAAAUAUGUGAAUGUAAUCUACAAUGCAAGACAGUAUAACAGGACACCAACACCUAACUGCCCUGAUCUUGUAAAUACUUUGGGGAUUUUGUCAGACAAACUAGCUGAACUUUUAUCCAAAGUGUGUUUGUUUCCCUGCUCAUACAGUUUUACUGCUCUCUUCCUUCAUGUGUGAAUUCAUUUUGAUUCACACAUCAGUUAUCCACAAUGCACCUCACAAUAUAUGCUUCGAUGUGACUCUGAUCUCUUUUUAAUUUCAUUUUCUGCUAAUGUAAAAGGGUUCCAUGUUGAGUACUGUACCCCACUUUUCCUCUGAAUGUGAGUAUAUUCAUGCAAACCGAGGGAUUUUCCUGUUUAAUUUGACCGAUAGAUAGACCAAUGUCAUAUGUUUGUUGUUUGUUUUGUGUUCUCGUGACAUUUGGCGUAAAUAGAUCAAAUAUGCAGAUGUGUGCUUAAACCCUUUAAUGCGGAUCUGGAGUACUUAACACUUUUUCGGUGGCAUUAGUCUGGGAAGGCAUUGUUAUCCUGUUUUCAUUUUCUUAAAAUCAUUUGAUCUGUUGUUUUAAUUGCCGUUGAUAUAUUCUAUAUUGUAUUUUUGGAAAAGCUGUGCUUUCUCUAAGGAAAGAGUUGUACAAAUGGAAAUGGUUGUGAACAACGUUUUGUAACAAGAUGAUUGGCAAAGUAAAAAAAUGCCUCCCAGAAUCAGAGUCUGCAUCUAAGGGUUAAGUUCCAGAGACAGCUCGUUAUGAUUUCACAAUUCACACACACACACACACACACACACACACACACACACACACACACACACACACACACACACACACACACACACACACACACACACACACACACACACACACACACACACACACACACACACACACACACACACAAACAAUUGGUGUGGUCUGUUUUCAAGCUCUAGUAUGUCCACUUUAUAUUGUUAUUUAUUUAAAUCAGAUGAAUUCAUCAAACUAAUCAUAGCAUUGAAGGAAAAAUACCUUGUUAGAAGUGACAUGUUCCUAUGUCUGUAGUCAUGUCCUACAUUAUACUUGUUCAUGUGUGUAUAAAAAAACACAUUUUUACUUUAAAUUAAAAUAAUCCAAGUCUUAUCAUUUUUUUUCUUUGUUUCAUUUAAAAACCUUUGUUUAAGACUAAGCAGGUCAUUUUUUAUUUGGCCUUUGUUGUUCAUUUUAAUUGAUGAAAGCAUGUUUUUGGCUUGCAUGUGCUCAGUAAAACCAAUAUAGUACAUAUAAGACACAUGAUGCAUCAUUAUUUCAAUGUGUAGAGUUGGGCUUAAUAAUUUGCAUUGUUAAUAUUGUUGUUUGUUAAUGCUUGUCUGCAUGUUAUCAUAUUGUAAUCAAAUCAAACGACUUUAUUACCUUCCAUGAAGGUUGCCUAUUGGAAAGUAUACUACCUAUUAGAUUCAAAUAUUGUUAGUAUUGAACGUUUUCAACUUUUUAUCAUUUCCUCUAUGGUAUAUAUAUUUUCUCAGGUUUACAGAUGUAUAGACCGUGGAAUUGCUUUCUCUUGUCCACUGAACAUUGAUCGUCAUUGUUUUGAAGGUUAGAGUAGAAUAGAUUCUGUAAAAUCUUUUCUAUAAAAAACAUUGUCCUUUUUCUGAUCCAAGCAACAGAGUGAAAAGCAUUUUGAAUUGGAUAUGCAUUUGGAAGUGUUGUCGCAUUAAAAAUGAAAUAAAUAUUACAGAGAAAGGAAAAACACCUUUAUUAUCA